CCGGCUCUGCUGGAGCGAUCGGGCCGGGAGUGGCUGGCAAUGGCGGGGACAGUCUGCCACCUGCCGGCGGGCAUCCUGCCGAGGUCAGAGGAGCUGGGGGCUGCAGGCGGCGGGAGACGCUGGGCGUCUGAACGGGGAGCCCGGGCCCAGAGCACCGCGGGCGCUCUCGGGAGGGACGCGACAGGGCCCGGGGAGCGCACGCGCAGCGGCCGGGGACGGGGACUGACCGACGCGGAUCCUUUGCCCGAGCCCAAGAUGGCGGCCGAGGCCACGCUGCCCAGGCCCAAGAUGGCGAUUUCAGAUCCGGGGCGACCGCUUUUACCCCGCCAGCGGAAGCGGCGGUUGUCAGGGGAGACGCAGGCCGGCGGGGCUCGUUCUUUCUCCCGCCUGAGGAUGCGGCUUCUCCCCUCUCCUGGGUGGAGACUCCGGCAGCUGCUCUGGCUGACCUGGCUGAGCGGGCGCCUCCUGGCAGGAGCAGUAGCAGAGGAAAAUGCUGACCCACUGUCUGAAACUGCCCUACCUCUUAGCACGGAAGGUGGUUCUGCCAUUACUGGAGAGCCCCAGGAGCCAGUGCAGUACAAGACGGCAGAAAUUGCGGAUGCCAUGCUGGGUAGCGGGAUUCCUGCUGAUCGGUCUGUGGUGCUCUCAGUUAUUCCAGGAGAAGCAAAGGACGGACGCAUGUCUGAAUUUGGUGUUGGCACCUGCGAUGCAGCAGCAGAAGAUGCUGAAUGUAGUGUGGGGACUAGCCUUGCUUCUCACUUAUCACAGCCAGGUUCACAUGUUCAAGAACAAACAGGGGACCCUAAUGUAGUGCUAGAGGCUGUGCCUACUUCACCAGCUGAGGAAUCGAAUAGCACGGACAACGUAAAAACUCCCAAAGUGAACUGUGAGGAAAGAAAUAUUACCGGGAUCAGAAACUUCACGCUACAAAUCCUGAAUGUUUCGCAAGACCUGAUGGAGUUUUUAAACCCAAACAGCAGUGAUUGUACAUUAGUCUUGUUUUAUACACCCUGGUGUCGCUUCUCUGCCAAUCUGGCCCCUCAUUUUAAUUCUUUGCCCCGAGCAUUUCCAACUCUAAAAUUCCUGGCAUUGGAUGCAUCUCAGCAUAGCAGUUUAUCAACCAGAUUUGGAACUGUGGCUGUUCCUAAUAUCCUUCUUUUCCAAGGAGCCAAACCCAUGGCCAGAUUUAAUCAUACAGACCGAACCCUGGAAAUGCUGAAAGCAUUCAUUUUUAAUCAGACAGGAAUAGAAGCUAAGAAUGAUGUGGUGGUGACUGAGGAAGACCGAGCAGGCCCUCUACCUAGUGUCCUGACAAAAGGAAUAGAUUGGUUACUUUUAUUCUCUUUAUUGUUUCUGGUUAGUUUUAUUAUGUAUGCUACCAUUCGGACUGAGAGCAUUCGCUGGCUAAUACCGGGACAAGAGCAGGAGCAUCAGGAAUAAGUCGAGAUAAUGACAUAACAGACUUCAUGCCUACAGAUAAAGCAGGAAUUUAUAUGAACUGAAAUUGCAUAAACUUGUACAGUGAAUUAGAUGGCUGUAAUUUAUAAUCUUAUUAGUUAAAAAUCAGUUUUGUUCAUUAACUACUGUAUGUGUAAACUCAAACUGCUGGUAAUUAAGUAAACGAAUACAAAAAGGUUCA